UGGAGAAUUAAAGAAAGGGAUAAAUCCACCGUCAAUCACACAUUUGGUAUUCACGUCACCUUAUGUCACGUUGGCUCUCAAAAUCGGCAUUAUCACUGGAGUCAUAGCUCUCGCUGAAGGGAUUGCAGUGGGGAGAAGCUUUGCAAUGUACAAGAAUUACAACAUAGAUGGGAACAAAGAGAUGAUAGCCUUUGGGGUGAUGAACAUUCUUGGUUCCUUCUCCUCUUGCUAUCUCACUACCGGGCCGUUUUCGCGUUCGGCUGUGAACUACAACGCGGGUUGCAAAACGGCGUUAUCAAACGUGGUGAUGGCCGUUGCAGUGGCGGUGACGCUACUGUUCUUGACGCCGUUGUUCUUCUACACGCCACUAGUGGUCCUGUCGUCGAUCAUAAUCACCGCCAUGCUAGGCCUCGUAGACUACGAAGCAGCCAUUCAUCUUUGGAGACUAGACAAGUUCGAUUUCUUCGUCUGUCUCUCUGCUUACUUUGGCGUUGUUUUCGGUACCAUCGAGAUUGGUCUCAUCCUCUCCGUGGGAAUAUCAGUGAUGAGGUUAGUGUUGUUCGUGGGAAGACCAAAGAUUUAUGUAAUGGGAAACAUUCAGAACACAGAAAUAUAUAGGAACAUUGAACAUUACCCUCAAGCCACCACUCUCUCUUGUCUCCUCAUUCUCCACAUCGAUGGUCCUAUCUACUUCGCCAACUCUAGCUACUUGCGAGACAGAAUUGGAAGGUGGAUCGAUGACGAGGAAGAAAAAUUGAGAACGAGUGGAGAAACCAGUCUACAAUACAUUGUACUUGAUAUGAGUGCUGUGGGAAACAUAGACACGAGCGGUAUAAGCAUGCUUGAGGAACUCAACAAAAUCCUAGGACGAAGAGAGCUCAAGCUAGUGGUAGCAAACCCAGGAGUAGAGGUGAUGAAGAAGCUAAGCAAGUCCAACUUCAUAGAGAGCAUUGGUAAAGAACGGAUUUAUCUCACGGUGGCAGAAGCUGUUGCAGCUUGCAAUUUCAUGCUCCAUACCGCUAAAAGCGACUCCCCCGUACCAGAAUUUAACAACGUUUAAGAUUUUAUAUUGAAUCUCA